AUGAAGGAGGCCAACUGCAUCAACCGGUCCCUCUCCGCCCUCUCCGACGUGCUGUUCGCGCUCGGCGAUCCCUGCGGCUCGGCCCACGUGCCGUACCGCAACUCCAAGCUGACGUACCUGCUGCAGGACGCGCUCGGCGGCUCCGGCUGCAAGACAUUCCUCUUCGCGCAGAUCUCGCCCGAGCCCGCCGAGGUGCACGAGAGCUAUUCGACCAUGACCUUUGCGACGCGGGUGGCGGCGUGCGUGCAGAAGGGCCGCCUGCGCCUGCCGUCGGCCUCGCUGGCGGCCGAGCGCUCGCCCGCCGCCGCGCGGGAGAAGACCCCGCCGCGCACGCCCGGGAGAGCCGGGGGCGCGUUGGCGCACGGCGGGCCGCCGAGGGGCACGCCCCCUCCGGCGCCGUGCGGCGCGUCGCCUCCGUCGCGGCUGUCGGACUGUAGCCUGGCGGCCGCGUCGCCGCAGACGCGCCGGGGCUCCACCGCGGCGGCGCCGCCGGGGGCUCGCCGGGCGGGGGCGGCGCUGGACGCACUGGAGACGCCCGACAGGCGGCCCCGCUUUCACGCGUGA